CACGCCAAAGCCACCUUUUUGCUUUCGGAGAAAGGGGACAGGUCGCCUCGGAGGAGCCGUAGCCGAGGGCUGGCGCCAGGACCAAGCGCAGCGCGAGACGAGCGCAAGACGAUCCGGGCGCGGAUGCUGAGCGCGCAGGGAGCUCGAGGCACAGCAGACCUCGGAGGACCGCGAGCCGCCCGCCCGCGCGCUGUCCCCCUGCACGGGAGCGGCGGCCGGGCCGCGCGCAGUUUCGGCGAAGCUCGCAGGCGGCAGGAAGCGCGAGCCAUGACGGCGUUUCGCAAUAGCGGGGCUCCCUGAAAACAAGACAAGCCCUUCCUCCUCGGAGAAGUCAGGCCGGAGGAGAGCCCGCUCGCUCCGCAGGCACUGAAGAGACGGGAGCCGGUCCAGCCGGGUGCGCGGCGGGCAGGGGGUCCGGUCCGGCUCGGCUCGGUUCGGCUCGGCUCGGCUCGGCUGGGGACCGCAGUGCCGGACGGGGCAGCGGCAGAGGGGGCUGCGCGGCGGGUUAUUUAUAGUCCUGCACCGCCUGCCCUUCCGUGCAGCGGGGAGCUGCAAGCAGAGCAGCAAACGCGUCCUGCUUUCUGCCUGUAAACAGCGCGGGGUCAGGCUUCAGCGCGCUGAUUGUUUAUUUGCUUGCUUGUUUGCGAUCGGUCUUUGUUGCGGGAAGGGGAAGCUACACGGACGCGAACAUUUAUUUUCCGGGACUGUGCUUCUCUUUUCUAAAAAAAACGGUUUUUUUUGUCGCGCAAGAGGACAGACAGGAGGAGGGUCGUGUCUUGCGGACUGCCGCCCUGCAAGGUCGCUCUCUGGCGGGCGGGACCGAACCGAACCCAAUCCAAUCCAACCCAACCCCCCUGGUCGCGCGACUCUUGACAGCUAGCGCUGAGGAAGCGGCUCGAGGAGGUUCGUCUGCCGGCCUGGGGGGAGGGCACGCGCAGUCUCGAGCUGCAGCACCGACUCCUUUCGGGGAGACCGAGCCUCGGCGCGCGCACCUGGACGCCCCUGCACGGGCCGGGACCCGCAGCGGGUUCGGUCCGGAGACCCGGCUCGUGAAGGAGGACCGGUCGCGAUGCGUGGGCUCGAGACGGACGGCGCGGUUUAAAAGCUAACGGCAGAACGGCACCGUCGCUCGAGGGCUCUAACGGAUCCACCGGUCCGGACGCUGAGCCCCCGACCCGUCGUGACUGAUCGCUCUUGGACCACCGGACCUGCGCUUUUCUGUGUCCUCGGUGGCGGCGUCGCGCACGAGGAAGUGAAAAUGGCGGACCUGGAGGCCGUGCUCGCCGAUGUCAGCUAUCUGAUGGCGAUGGAGAAGAGCAAGUCCACUCCCGCCGCCCGGGCCAGCAAGAAGAUCAUCCUACCCGAGCCCAGCAUUCGCAGCGUCAUGCAGAAGUACCUGGAGGAGAGGGACGAGCUGACAUUCGACAAGAUCUUCAACCAGAAAAUUGGGUUCCUGUUAUUUAAGGAUUUCUGCAUGAAUGAGAUUGACGAGGCUGUCCCACAGCUGAAGUUCUAUGAAGAGAUCAAGGAGUACGAGAAGCUGGACUCCGAGGAGGAGCGGCUGUGCCGGAGCCGGCAGGUCUAUGACAAGUACAUCAUGAAGGAACUGCUGUCCUGCUCACACCCCUUCUCUAAGAAAGCUGUGGAUCACGUCCAGACUCAUCUGGCCAAGAAGCAGGUGCCCCCCACGCUGUUCCAGCCCUAUAUCGAGGAGAUCUCUGACAGUCUGCGAGGGAAGAUCUUUCAGAAGUUCAUUGAGAGUGACAAAUUCACGCGGUUCUGCCAGUGGAAGAAUGUGGAGCUCAAUAUCCACCUGACGAUGAACGACUUCAGCGUGCAUCGGAUCAUCGGCCGCGGUGGCUUCGGAGAGGUGUACGGCUGCAGGAAAGCAGACACAGGGAAAAUGUACGCUAUGAAGUGUCUGGAUAAGAAGCGGAUCAAGAUGAAACAGGGGGAGACUCUAGCGCUAAACGAGAGGAUCAUGCUGUCGCUGGUCAGCACUGGGGACUGCCCAUUCAUUGUUUGUAUGACCUAUGCCUUCCACACCCCCGACAAGCUCUGCUUCAUCCUGGACCUCAUGAACGGAGGGGACCUGCACUAUCACCUCUCUCAGCACGGCGUGUUUAACGAGAAGGAGAUGCGCUUCUAUGCAGCUGAGAUCAUCCUGGGCCUGGAGCACAUGCACAACCGCUACGUGGUCUACAGAGACCUGAAGCCUGCCAAUAUCCUGCUGGAUGAGCAUGGCCAUGUGAGGAUAUCGGACCUGGGGCUAGCCUGUGACUUCUCCAAGAAGAAACCCCAUGCCAGCGUGGGAACACAUGGCUACAUGGCACCAGAGGUGCUGCAGAAGGGCACUGCGUAUGACAGCAGUGCAGACUGGUUCUCUUUGGGCUGCAUGCUCUUCAAACUGCUGCGGGGGCACAGUCCGUUCCGGCAGCACAAGACCAAAGACAAACACGAAAUUGACCGCAUGACGCUCACCAUGAACGUGGAGCUGCCAGACUCGUUCUCCCCGGAGCUGAAGUCCCUGCUGGAAGGGCUGCUGCAGCGUGAUGUUGCCAAGAGGCUGGGCUGUCUGGGCCGGGGGGCUCAGGAGGUGAAGGAACAUGUGUUUUUUAAAGGGAUCGACUGGCAGCAGGUGUAUCUGCAGAAGUACUCUCCGCCUCUAAUUCCGCCGCGGGGGGAGGUGAACGCAGCAGACGCCUUCGACAUCGGCUCCUUUGACGAAGAGGACACCAAAGGCAUCAAGCUGCUGGACAGUGAUCAGGAACUGUACAAGAAUUUCCCACUAGUGAUCUCCGAGCGCUGGCAGCAGGAAGUGGCUGAGACCGUAUAUGAAGCUGUCAACGCUGACACUGACAAGAUUGAGGCGCGCAAGAGAGCCAAGAACAAGCAGCUGGGCCACGAGGAGGACUAUGCCCUGGGGAAGGACUGCAUCAUGCAUGGCUACAUGUUGAAGCUGGGAAACCCCUUCCUGACGCAGUGGCAGCGGCGCUACUUCUACCUGUUUCCCAACCGUGUGGAGUGGAGGGGCGAAGGGGAGUCCCGGUGGUAUAACAGUCCCCUGUUUGUGAAUCUGCAGCAGAACCUGCUGACCAUGGAGCAGAUAGUGUCAGUGGAGGAGACGCAGGUUAAGGAGAAGAAAUGUAUCCUACUGCGCAUCAAGGGGGGCAAACAGUUCGUCUUGCAGUGUGAGAGUGACCCAGAGUUUGUGCAGUGGAAGAAGGAGCUGACGGAGGCUUUCACUGAGGCCCAGAAGCUGCUCCGCCGGGCACCUAAGGUCAUUGGCAAGACCCGCACAGCGGUGGUGGAGCUCUCCAAACCACAACUCACUCAUCGCAACAGCAACGGGCUGUAGAGCCUCCUUCCCAUCCCUCCAUCCUCUCUCCUCACAGGAGCACACCCUCACCCCAGCACUCAAGUGUAAAUAUUCAGUACUCUUAACAUAUCUUUGGAGUACCAGCAGCAGUGCAAACUGUCAUUUGCUCCCCCUGGUGGAUAGCAAUGGGACUGCAGUUUUAAUUUUGUCUCCCUCUGGUGGAUUGCAAUAGGACUGCAGUCUUUCUUUGGCCCCCCCUGGUGGAUUGCAGUGGGACUGUAACUGUCCUGUGUAUUUACUGUUGAGUCUUUGUGGGGGAGAUGGGGCACGAAUUUCUACUACUACCUUGGUUACUUCUGUAUGGAAAAAAUCCCCCAUUCCCUUCCAUCACCCUUCACCUUUCCACCCCACCCAUUCAUCUUAUUAAUGAUUGCUGUUGGUCAAACCUCUCUUCUAGACUGCUUCCUCAAAGACAUGGCCUGAGAUAGCACAUUGAGCUCAGACAGAACUAGAGCUGGACUGUCUUGACCUUUUUAUCUAUUUAUUUUUUAUUUUAAGAAUUCUGAUUUUUAAUAAAGAAACUGAUCUGAUAGUAA